AUGAGGAUAGCUUGCGACCCGACCUGGGUGGCGAAGGGUACGUGCAUGCCUCAGCCAACGGUACGGGCGCACUCUCUCCCGACUUCGUUGGGAACGGGUGUGCGCACGGUGCUCGUGGUCCAUAGACAACGCGCGGGCGGUGGUUGGUGGCAACGCCACCGUACGCCGACCGUGAACCUCCGCGGCUCUCGACUAGCGCACAGCGCUAAUGUGAGGUCCGCGGUUGUAGCCGCAAGGCAUCAAACCCGGGAGUCUUCGUGCUUAUCGUCGUAUAAUUAA